AGAUAAGAGGAGCAGGAGCCAGGCAGAGCAGCCACUGCUGCAGAGGAGCCUGGCCAGCAUCAGUGAGCAAACGGCCCUCCCUGUCUCUCACCUUCUCAUCCCAGCGCCUGCAGACUGUGCUGGAGGAGAAGCACCACACCCACUGCCCUUUGAUGAUGUCCAUGGAGCAGAUGCAGCCGCUGGAGUUCUCAGAAGACAGGCUGGACACGCUGGACCCUUGCAGCAACCACUUAGAUGACCUUUCCGACCAGUUCAUCAAGGACUGUGAUCUCAAGAAGCCAAGAAAGGGGAAGAAUGGACAGACAACCCUAAAUGUUGAGUCAGAUCAAAAAAAACCACGGAGGAAAGAUACACCAGCGCUGCACAUCCCGCCCUUUAUACCAGGUGUGAUUUCUGAAAACUCAAUCCGAAGAUACGAUCUUCAAGAGAGACAUCCAAAGGGUAAAGUGGACCCAGAUCUUCAUAAUACUGACCUAGAACAGCAAAAACCAAGGAGAAAAGACACACCUGCCCUGCACACGUCUCCCUUUGAGUCAGGUGUGAGGCCGCUCAGGGACGAGAGACCCAAAGUGAUCGUGGAAGAUGAUGAAAAGGAAGGUGACAAGAUAGCUAUUUAAAGAUCUUUCCCCCAAGACCCCAUGUAAAUAGGUUAGAUUGGUUCCCUACGGUGACCUAGAGAAAAAAUAGACUUGUUCCUGCUCUCAUUCUGUGCUAGUCAGACUUCAAGAUCCAGACGCCUCUUCCCCAGGAGACAUCUGACACCAGAUUGCCAGUCACCAACUUGUAUCGCUUUACUUCCUUGAGUCUUGUUUCUAUUCUGACUUCUUGAAUUUUCAUUUCCCGACACAGCAUAAAUGAAACAGAUCGGUCUAAAUUAGGUGGUAGCAUGGAAAGCUGUCAUAUUCAGUUUCUGCGUCUUCUGGACCAAUUCACGGAGCGAGGGACCUGGAUAACAUAGGGACGCUUUUCUUCUCAGUCUGCUGUUAGGCAGGCUUUGGCUGAAAGUCCUCCAACAGCAGGUUAAGAAGGGACUCCCUGCUGCCAGUUAGAGACGUGAGGAUGUGUGGGUUAACUCACCAACUUCUUUAGAGAACAUGGUCUUUUAGUUCACCUAUCCUCUUAAGAGUCCAACUGUCUCUGAACGCCAUUGCUAAGAUCCUUGUGACAGAAGUUCUAAAGGUGAGUUUCUGAGCUGGAGGGGUCAACAAUUGGAGAAAAGCACCAGGAGCAGAGAGUGAUGGUCAGUUCAGGAACCCUAGCAAAAGAUCCCUAUAUAUUUUUUUUCAAAACAGUUCUAAACCUUGUUGUGCCGACAUUUGUGAGUUGUGAGCCAUUACUAAUGAUAGGUGACAUACCAGUGCUUGCUAUGAAUUUACUUUAAAAAAAUAAAUCAGUGGAAGAUGCUGAUAUUUUUAGCAUUUUUGCUUAUUUAGACUUCAAUAUGCUUUCUUAGAAGAGACAGGCAAGCAUGGUGUUAGGGUCUGCACAUGGCCCCUGGCCCAGACUGCAAUCUGAGUGCCCUGGGCAGGGCUGUGCACAUAGCUCUCAACCAUCAGGCAAGAGACAGGAAGGGAGAGGAGAACUGCAAGAAAAGGAGACGCAGACACUGGAAUCGCCGUGCCGAAUGUCAGUCUGGAGGCUCUGUGUAUGCACACACUGGUCCAACAGUUGACUAGUCCCUUGUAUCUCUCUGCUCUGCCUUAGUGAUGGAAAAGAGGCAGGAAUCUUUGGAAAAUAAAGAUGCUUCUGUCCAUA